CGACUGAUUCGGUCUGGUCUGGCUUUAUCCUGGACGAGAGACUCUGACAAGCCCAACAUGGCAGACACUGAGAGCAAUCAGUCGUUCAUUACUAGAAUAUAUGUUUCCGGACUCCCACCGUCCAUGACCAAAGAACAAUUGUGGUCGCAUUUCCAAGGGAAGUAUCCGGUCACAGAUGCUCAUGUUGUGGCAGACCGCCGUAUUGGUUUUGUUGGAUUUCAGUCUCAUGAACAUGCUAAGAAUGCGGUGAAAUACUUCAACAAGACUUUCGUCCGCAUGUCCCGAAUCACUGUUACCCUAGCAAACCCUAUCGAAGUCAAACGUGAUUCUUCAGGCCAAGCAGCCCCGGUGUCCCAGCGGUCAUCACAACGUCGAGAACGAAGGCAGCAGGAAGAUAACGUCAUCACAAGAAAAAGAAAACGCGAAACAACUGAAGAUGGCGGGAAAGCCGACUUGCCGCAGGAGAGAAGAAUUGAGGGGCCUGGCAACACCACUGAUACGCACCCACAAGUUGAAAAUCCAGGCAAGGAAGAGGAUGAGCCACAAGAGAUCGUCCCAACUACGGCAACAGAACAAGAAGAUGGGGUACAGACGACUGCCGCAUCAGACGUGGAUUGGUUACGCGGGAAGACGAGCAGGUUGUUAGAUCUUGUUGAAGACGCGGAAGAUACUUGGAAACCGGUCGCAUCCGAAGUCGAUGGCGUUGAUUACAUGCCGGUCGACGAUGGGAGUGACCGAAAAGGCGAAGAGACGACACAUGUUAAUACCACAUCAACACCAGAAGAACUUCAGCUAUCUAUACCAAAUGCCCGGUUAUUUGUCAGAAAUCUGCCGUUCGAUAUUCGCGAAGAAGAUCUGCGGAAGACGUUCUCUGCAUAUGGACGAAUAUCUGAAAUCCAUUUAGUCACCGAUACAAGAAAAUCGACGGGCAAAGGCCUUGGCUAUGUUCAGUAUGUCGAACCGAUCGAUGCAGAGAAGGCUCUUUUGGAGCUCGACGGCAGAGACUUUCAUGGUAGACUAUUGCACGUGCUGCCUGCUUCAGACAAGAAGACAUCGAAGCUAAGCGAAUUUGAAAUCUCGAAAUUGCCACUGAAAAAGCAAAAGGCCAUCAAGCGCAAGAACGACUCUUCCAAAUCAACGUUCAGCUGGAACUCCUUAUACAUGAACCCUGACGCUGUCCUGGCCUCGGUAGCUGAUCGAUUAGGAGUUGCCAAAUCAGAAGUGCUUGAUCCUGCUUCAGCUGACGCUGCUGUCAAGCAAGCACAUGCUGAGACCAGUGUGAUCAAAGAGACCAAAGAUUAUUUGAGAUCUCAUGGUAUCAAUGUCGAUGCAUUCAAAAACUCUGCCCGCGAUGGCCGGACUCUCUUGUUGAAGAACUUCUCAUAUGGUACCACUUCCCAGGAACUAUUGCAAAUGCUGAGUCAGCAUGGAAAGAUCGAGCGCCUUGUUUUCCCAACAACUGGGACAGUUGCUGUUGCACAGUUUCAAGACCCUUCUGCUGCGGCCUUGGCACUCAAGCAAUUAGCGUACCGAAACCUUGGUGGUUCUGUGUUGUAUCUCGAAAGAGCUCCACAGGGUCUUUGGGAAAGCAAACAGAAAGCUGAAGAGACAGGGGCUGUUGCCGAUCCCCUUGCUAUCCUAGAAAAUGAGACCGAGCCCUCGACAGGCACCACGACAACGCUCUUUGUGCGGAACUUGAACUUCUCGACGACUACAGCCCGACUUGCAGAAGCCUUCAGACCGCUGUCUGGGUUCCUCUCCGCACGAGUCAAGACCAGAACCGAUGCCAAACGACCAGGCGAGAUUUUGAGCAUGGGUUUCGGGUUCGUGGAGUUUUGGUCCAAGGGUCAAGCUGAAGCCGCGUUGGCCACGAUGAAUGGUCGACGCUUCGAUGGACAUGAGGUUCUUGUGCAACUGUCGCAAAAGUCGACCGAUAUGGCGGAGGAGCGUCGUAAAGAAGACACGUCGAAGAAGGUCAAAGCACAGAAAACAAAGAUCAUCAUCAAAAACCUGCCCUUCGAGGCCAGCAGGAAGGACAUCCGUGCCCUGUUCGGCGCAUACGGUCAGCUGCGUACAGUUCGUAUGCCGAAGAAGUUCGACAAUUCCACCCGCGGAUUUGCAUUUGCUGAAUUUGUGACGGCGAAGGAGGCCGAAAAUGCCUUAGACGCGCUUUCAAAUACUCACUUGUUGGGACGAAAACUGGUUCUUGAUUUCGCUGAAGGCGAGACGAUCGAUCCCGAAGCUGAGAUACGAGCCAUGGAAAGAAAGGUCCAGGAUGCCCAGGACACAUUGAGUCAUCAUCGAAUGACAGGAUCAGCCCGGAAAAAAUUCAACGUUGGUGCACAGCAGGAUGAUGUCGAGGCUUAUUGAGAAAUCAAUAAAAGGCUAAAUUCGCACCCCCCUUGCAGGCCCUUCUGCAGUUCUCCGAAUUUUCACGGCGCCCUUUUUAAAUGUUGCCGUGGUCGAUCAACUUUUCUUCUGAGUUUGCAAAUUGCUCAGGUUCGACGACUGUUUGUGAGUGAAGACGGUAGAGUUUUGUCGGCAGGACUCGAAAUGCCCUGGAAAGAGCCUGGAUGUGUCAUGUUCGAACGAUCGAGCUGGUAUGACUAUAUCAAUCCGAAUCUGAAUUUGAGAACGAGCCUACUUGACCCUCGAGCAACGCACAGGGCAACAACUACUCCUGUUGCGCCCGACUGACAAUCGUUUGCUUGCUGCUAACGCAUCAAAAGACGGUAGUUUUCGAGAU